AGAACAUGUAAUGGAGCACGAAGAAGAGUUUUAGAGGACGUGACGCUAUCACGUUGGGGAACUUCCUGUACACGCAGGGUCCGUUCCGCAAAUCGUCCGCUGUUCUGGUUCAGAAGGCCAAAUAGCGACAUUUCGCUUCAAGACGUGAUGGCUGCAACAUCGCGUUUACUUUACUCCUUGUCAAGGCCAGGCACUUUUGUGACCAGCCAUAAUCUAGUGAGGUUCUUCAGUGUGUCCACACAAAGGGAAGGAUUCAAGUAUGUGAAUGCCCAAGAGCUCCCGACAGACAUGAAGUCCAUCACAGACCGAGCUGCUCAGACGCUGCUGUGGACAGAGCUCUUCAGAGGUCUUGGCAUGACAAUGAGCUACCUCUUCAGAGAGCCCGCCACCAUCAACUACCCGUUUGAGAAGGGGCCACUGUCCCCUCGCUUCAGAGGAGAGCACGCACUGCGCAGGUAUCCUUCAGGAGAGGAGCGCUGCAUCGCCUGCAAGCUGUGUGAGGCGAUCUGCCCUGCGCAGGCCAUCACCAUCGAAGCAGAGACUCGCGCUGACGGAAGCAGGAGGACGACUCGCUAUGACAUCGACAUGACCAAAUGCAUCUACUGCGGCUUCUGUCAGGAGGCCUGUCCUGUGGACGCCAUCGUAGAGGGUCCUAAUUUUGAGUUUUCCACUGAAACCCAUGAAGAACUGCUCUACAACAAGGAGAAGCUUCUCAACAAUGGAGACAAGUGGGAGGCCGAGAUAGCUGCCAACAUACAAGCUGAUUAUCUCUACCGAUAAACCACACACACACACACACACACCCCGGUUAAUGUCUCUGACACAUACGUCCAUACUGUACAUACUGUGAGAAGACAGCUGUGGAUGUGCUUCAGGGUAGGAAUUGGGUUUGCAGAGCAUCUUUAUUUCAAACCAAACAUCACCAUAACAUUUCCUCUGGUGUCCGUGUCAUCCCCUUCUCAUGAUGAAUAUACUUUGAUGUCUUUGUUUGGAUUACAUAUUUAUUAUAAAAUGGCUGUCUAUGUGAUGAGUGUACAACAGUCCAGCUGCCUCAACAUGGUCCAGUCCUCCAUGUGGUGUUUCUGGACUAGGUAUGAGAGCUGUGGCAGUAUCAGUGCUGUCCACUAAUUGAUGAGACUGCAGACUUCUGAUGUCCCACACAAGUAUACAUGGACUUUGUUAUGAUCUUGGAUGUCAGUGCAUAGUUUUAUGGUCUUUGUUCUGAUUCCACCCUGACACUAGAAAUAAAAUGGUAUGAAAAACACA